AGUUCUAAAUUUUGAGUCAGAUGCAGUGCAUUGUCAAACAUUACAUAUUUUUAUUGUAAUUUUGUAUGCAGUUCAAUGUAAGAGCACAAAAGAUUCCUUUUUCUGGCUCAUUUCCUUAUCAUGACAUAGUUCUCUCCGUGCACAGGUCUGUUGGAGAUUCGAAUGAAUGUUAUUUCCUGUGGAAAGACGUAAUAAAGCCAACAUGAAAUCCGAGAUAUCACAGCCUUGACAGCUUUCCUCAUUCUAAAGUAUGAUGGUCUUUUUCUUCAACCUUUUUUUCCAAAUCUAUAUAAUAGCUGUGUAUGUAUGUAUUUGUUCUAUAAUCCAUUGCUCUAAGCUGUUGAGUGCCUAAUGCGUCCAAUUGCAUUAGAGUUUAUAGGAUUAUUAUCUUGGGAAACAGUUGUAGACUUUGUAUUUAGAGAUUCUUGUUGAAGAUAAGAGAAAAACGAUAACACCAACGUCAAAUUACAGGAAAACUCUGUACAUAGAUUUAAUCGUGUCAUCUUCUACAGAAGAAGAUACAAUACUAGAUGGGUUUCUUUUGUCUAUUACAUGUGUCUUCAUGUUGAAAGGCUUCUCUUGUUGUGAACGAAACUAGCCGAGAAAAAUAUGCGCUGAUUCAAACCUUUACCAGUCGUUCUCAAAGAGGGGUAUUGAAUCGAAUUUUCCAUAUGAAGAUCCAGAAGAUUUGCGUUUGUAAUUUUUGUUCGGUUUGGAAGGUGUUGAUGCUUAUUG